AUGUCCGCUAAUAGUAGUUUCAUUAUCAGCAAUAAAAGUGCUACCCAAACUCCGUGUGUUGAUAUCAACGAAUAUCUUUGGAUGAAUCAUUCCGACUUAACGUCUUUAUUACCAACAAUGAUCUUUUUUUUUGCCAUCUACGGACUUAUUAUCAUAUUUGGUGUUCUUGGUAAUACAUUAGUUAUAUUAUCAUUGAUACGACACAAAUCACUACAGUCAGUUCGUAAUCUGUUUAUUAUCAGCCUAUCAGUGACAGAUAUAAUCAUUUCGAUUGUUUCCGGAACAGUAACACCAAUUACAGCCUUUAGCAAAAUAUGGAUUUUUGGUGAAUUGCUUUGUUACUUCAUACCUUUAAUACAAGGUGCAAGUUUAUGCUUUUCUUCAUUAACUCUCACUGCUAUAGCUAUUGAUCGUUAUAUUUUAAUUAUUUUUCCUACAAAAAGACCAAUUCAAAAACGGCAAGCAAUAAAAAUAAUUGGUCUGGAUUUUGCUUUGGCAACAGCGAUAUCGUUGCCUAUGUUCAUUAAGCAAAGAUUUAUCAAAUACGAGAAUUUUUGUGGCCAAUUUUGCACCGAAGAUUGGAGCUCUGAUAACAUGGGCCGCAGUAUUUAUGACAACCUUAUUCAAGAAACAAACGUUUUACCGACAACAAGUACUAAAACGACGUUUACGUACGAAUCGUAUGUUAAUUGCAAUGGUUGGCGUGUUUGUUUGCUGUUGGAUGCCAGCUGUUGUCUUUAA